CUUCAGCGCUGCACAUGCCCCAGAGACUCUUGUCUAUUGCUGGCGACUACUCUGGGCCCUUUCAAGAUUGCUGUGCUCGCCACUCAAUCCGCCUCAUGACUCGAAGUAUGAACUUGAUUCGUUGGAUCGCCUUUUCCAUGAACCUUUCGCUGCAAGAGAUCCCACGGGACGGCGAUAAAUCAGCAAAAUGCAAAAGCUACGGGUGAGAACGCGACACAAAAGCAGUGUCUACUCCUCUCCUUCUCGCUUUCCGCCAGAGUGUACCUGUUGCUUGCCCUCGAUACGCAACAAUGGACCUCUUCAGCUACUCAGAAUGGCAGCGACUCAAGGGCUUUCAGGUUGAUAUUGCGCUCAUAGCAGGGGGCUUUCUUGCCCUCGUGACCAUCUUGGGUUGUCUCGUGUACAAACUUGGCGGGCAUUUGAGCUUUGAGAAGAUCUCAGCACAUCCCUAUGUUCGGUUCGCCUACGUCUGUCUGAUCAAGCCUCACGAUCACAACAGUGAGGCUGGGCAACAAUCGGCACUCGAAAGCUUCUAUGCUGCUCAGGUAGGUCAUACACUCCAUGGUCCCUCUUGACUCAUAGGUUUUAGGCAAACGUAUACGACGCUACAAGAAAGCGCCUGCUGCGAGGAAGAGAAGAGAUACUGGCGGUACUAGCGGCUCAAUUGCAGGCUCGGAGCGCCUCGAACCAAGCCCGUAAGCCGGUAUGGUAUGACAUCGGCGGUGGAACAGGUUACAAUAUCGAAGCAAUGGACAACCUCGUCGGCGUCGAAGGCUUCUUCGAGCAUGUCUUCCUGGUUGACUUGUCUACUUCGUUGUGCGACGUCGCGCGCGAACGAGUCCGCCAAAAUGGAUGGAAGAACGUUACAGUCUUAUGCCAAGACGCGAGAACGAUCGCAUGUACAGCCUCGUCAGCUGAUCUGAUCACCAUGAGUUACAGCUUGUCCAUGAUCCCAGACUUUUACAGUGUGGUUGAUUUGAUCUCGGGCUUCCUCGCCCCCAGUGGCAUCAUCGGCAUUGUCGACUUUUACGUGCAGAGUAUAGUGGACAUUUCCUCCCGAAACUAUAUUGGAGGGACCUUUAAUCGACACGUGAACUGGGUUGGAAGGAUGUUUUGGCGAACAUGGUUUGACGCCGACCGAGUCAAUCUCGAUGGUGGCCGAAGAGACUACGUCGAAUACCGCUUUGGCACGAUUCUCUCGGCAAGUGAACGGAAUUAUCUGCUUGGAGGAAUACCCUACUACAUUUUUAUUGGAUGCAGACGAGAUGCAGAUACCCUGGGCGAACAUGGCCACGAAGUCCUCGAAAAGCUUGAUGCUGCUCUGACCGAGUCGCCUUAUCUUUCACCCCUGGAAUUCCGCAAGCAACAAGCCAUCGAAGCCCAGCAAAGUAUGCCGCGAUCCAAGUCGUACGAAUCUGCCAUUGUCAACCUAAGCUCCAACCUACCUCUGCCUGCUACCUUCUACCAGCAACACCACUGGCGAAUCUACUACAACGAUCUCCUCCAGAAACAUCAACAAUUCGGCAACGAGUACAUCUACGCUUUCAACUGGGAAGAUCCCAAAGUCGACCGGCAACUUCUGCAGAUAAACAAAGACGACGUCAUCCUUACCAUCACAAGCGCCGGCGACAACAUCCUCGACUAUCUUCUCGAGCGACCUAAGCGGAUUCAUGCAGUCGACCUUAACCCGUCCCAGAACCACCUGCUCGAACUCAAGGUCGCCGCCUUUACUGCCCUGCCGUACAGCGACGUCUGGCAAUUAUUCGGCGAAGGCCAGCAUCCUAACUUCCGCAACCUUCUCCUCCAGAAACUCAGUCCCCACAUGUCUAGCCAAGCAUUCCAGUACUGGUUGAACCGAGCGUCUAUCUUCUCGACACCGGGCGGACUGUACGAGAGCGGCGGCUCAAGGCACGCGAUCAAGCUCGUGCGACGACUCAUCAAGCUGUUCGGACUCACUGCCAAGGUGCGCACGAUGUGCAGAGUCGAGACCUUGGCCGAGCAGAGGGAAAUCUGGCCAUGCAUAAGGAGGAUACUGCUCAGCUGGCCGUUGCACAAGGCUGUCGUGUCGACGGAAUGGUGGGCGUGGAAAGCCGCCGGCGUUCCUCCCGCUCAACAUGCACUCAUCGUCGAUGACUUUGCGCAGCGCUCGAAGUCGCCCAAGACCAAAAAGAUGUGCGGUGAAGCCGUUUGGCAAUACGUGGUCGACACGCUGGACCCUGUCGUGGAAACCACGCAGUUGAGCAGGGAUAAUUACUUCUAUUAUGUCUGUCUGCAGGGGAAGUAUUCGAGAAAAUGCCAUCCUAGAUAUCUGGGCGCAAAGGCGCACCCGCAGCUGUCGAAGCAGAACACCUUCGAUGGGCUGCGAAUUCACACAGACGAGAUCAUGGAGGUCAUUGCGCGGAUCAGUCCUUCGACCUUAACUAUUGCAAUCCUCAUGGACUCAAUGGACUGGUUCAACCCGGCCGAGAUGGCUGCCCAGGAGCAGAUUGCUGCUCUGAACAAAGUGAUGAAGAUCGGGGGACGAGUGCUCUUCCGCUCAGCAUCUGUGCGGCCAUGGUACACGCAGAUCUUCGAGCAGAAUGGGUUCGAGGCCAAGUGUGUCGGCCGGAGGGAUUCAGGAAAGUGCAUUGAUCGAGUCAAUAUGUAUGCUUCAACGUGGUUGGCCACAAAAAGGGCCGAUAUGGUGACGAGUCCCGUGGCCGAAUUGAACAAAGUCGGGACUGCAGCAUCGUUGGAGGAACUGUCGAUAUGAGGUACGGGUUUCACGAUUGACGAGCAGCAAUGCCCGGCCCCAAUUCGAAGGUUGCCGGAUUCUUAUCUUCGACAGCAAGAAACUCUCAAUCGGGAGACGGCACGGAUUAUGGACAUCCUAGCCACGAUACGGAGGAGAUGAUGAUGAUUUUCAUGGAUUCAGCAUCGCAUUGAACAAUCAUAGAAAGCGAGCAGAACUGGCUCAGUGCUCUCCCCCUGCCCUGACUGCCGUGCCGCAGGAACUAACUAGACCAAACCUAUAUCACACUUUGACAUGCUGAUAGAAAUACAUUUUCUGAAAACA